GAAACGUUCGUUUGUAUAAUAAUGAUUUUAUUCAGAAUGUCAUAUGAUACGUCAACAGUGUCAAUAUCGCUUGUCAACUUGUCAUAUCUCUAUUUAUUUGUUAGUGAAAGUAAUGUAUUAUAAAAAUGGUUUUAAUUUGUGUAUUUACCAUCUAGAAAUCAAUAGAAUCGUCUAUUUUCUAUCGGAAUGAUGUAAUAGCGAAAAGUAAAAAUGAGCGUAUUCGGUGAUUUUCAGCAAGUGUGGUUACAAAGAUUCCCGGAUAGUCCGCUGCCAGGCGCCUGGGAGGAGGAUGUAAGAGCGAAUCUUGCUAAACAUAAACAAAAGGUGGAGCAGCUCAAAGAGGAGCUCGAAAAGGAGGAAUUUUACGUUCAAUACCUGGAAAGUCUAUUGAACGAUGUCGAGCAGCACAAGAAAAAGGUAUCAAAAGAAAGAAAUUCUGACGAUGAGCCCAGUGAUGUCAUUGGAGAUACAGUAUCUAAAACCGAAGUCAGCAAACCGUCCACGAUCUCCUUGAACGUGGAAGAAAAUGAAAAUAUAUCAGCCAAUAUGUGCGUCAACGAAAUAUCCAAGCAACUGAUCACAACGCCCGACGUGCCGGAGAAGUACGAGCCCACAGCGCCCCCCGAUCCCGAUCCCGGAACCUUCGUAACCGUCAUCGAAGUCAACGGUUUAAAGCAAAACACUUCACCGGUCAAAAUACCACCAAAGGUUCCCAAACGGCCGGAUUCCAUUAAAGUGAAGCCGAAAACCAGCACGAGCGAUUCCAGAUCUUCAUCUUCCGAAUUCCUGGUGACCGAAGAACCGUUCUACGACAUGGUGGCCCCCGAGGACGAUUUCGCGGGCGCGAAAAGCAACCAUUCCAGCACGGAGAACGUGUUUUCCAACAGCACCCUGCCGUUGGACUCCAAGCGGGACUCGUCGCAGGCCUCCGUGCAGGAUCCCCAAUCGCCCGGCACAUCGAACUACGUCAACAUCGAGUACUUCAUACAGGUUACGAAGAAGAACGGCAACGGGCACAGUAGCAGCGAUGACGAGCAGGAGGAUAUACAGGAAUUGAGGCGACAGAACGACAACAGCUCGUACGCCAGUUCCAGUUCCUUGGAGUCCAUGACGCCCGCUUCGAAGAGGAAAUUCAGUACCGAGGGAGACGUCAAGAACGAAACGGACAGGAUGUACAAAAGUAUAUUUCACAAUAUAGCCGACAGCGAGACCAAUUACGUCGAUUGGUUGGGUUUCUUAUUGAAGUACAUGAAGGCCAUUCAAGCGACCAUCGGAACGUCCCAACCGAUCGUCAGCGAGCACGAAUUGAACAUCAUAUUUUACAAAAUACCGGAACUGUACAACUUGCACGCCAAUUUCCUGGAUGCCCUAAAGCGCCACAUUCAAACGUGGGACACCCGAAUCGGCGAACACUUUAAAAUGAUGGCGUCGAAUCUAUCGUUGUACGGGGCGUUUCUGAGCAACUACGGCUUGGCGUUGGACACGGUGAGAAAGUGCAGCAUGGCCAACACGCAGUUCGGCGAUAUCUCGAAGAACAUCACGUGCAAACAGCUGUCGGGCCAGCCCAUUAGCCUGGAGGAUUUGUUGCACAAGCCGGUGCAACGGGUGCAAAAGAACGCGCUGGUGUUGCACGAUCUGUUGAAGUUCGUGCCGUCGACGAAUCCGGACCAUCACGGUCUGAGCGAGGCGUUGAACAUAACGCAGAAUUUUUUGGAUCAGUUCAAUAUGAUCCAGACGAAAUCGAUGUUUCCGGCUUCCGAUAGGGCGCAAAGGAGACUGGUGAAGAAUUCUUUUAUCGUAGAAUUCGUGGACGGGCACAGAAAAUUGAGACAUUUGUUUCUGUUCAACGAUGUAAUCGCUUGUGCCAAAUAUAAGACUGCGGGUCGCACUGAAAAAUACACAUUCGAAUUGAAAUGGUUCAUUCCAGUAGAAGAUAUUUUAACAUUAGAAGAAACGACUGCCAAUUUACACGAAGUAUCCCAAUCCAACAUCGUAUCGUUGAAAUCGCAAGCGUCGAACGUCAGAGAUCAGUUACGGCAAGACGAAAAAACCAACGAAGAUAGGAAUCGUUCGAAGUUGCUGCGUGGCUCGGACAAAUACCGCAAAAGACUGAUAGAAUUGGAGAGUCAGCUGGUGCUCGUCUCGCCGAAUCUCGUCUACAGGAUAAAGAACCGUAUAACGGGCCGUACGUACAUGUUCUUCCUGUCGUCGGACUUCGAGCGCACCCAAUGGAUCGAGGCCAUUUUGACGUUGCAAAAAACGGAACGGACGGGCAAAGUCACCGCCCAGCACUUCAACAUGCUCGAACUGCAAACGUGGAUAACGGCCUGCCGGCAAUUCCUCAAAACCAACAUGGGCUCGUACCUGUUGCGCAGCGGCAACGACGAGAGCCUGCUGGUGGGCGAUCUGCACGUGUUCAUCUACGAUUUGGCCGGCUUGGAGUAUUUCUGUGAUCUGUACAUUGUGAUCGAGGUGGACUUCUACGGUCACUUCUUCCAAAAGGCCAAGACGAAAAUCAUCAGCAACACGAACAAUCCGCAAUGGAACGAGAACUUCAUCAUCGAUUUGGAGGGCUGCGAGAACCUGCGGGUGUUGAUCUACCGCGACGGCACCACCAAUCCCACGUUGUUCGGCAAGCACACGCAGAAAUUGAGCAGGAAAUGGUUGAAUCAGCACGUCACCGAGAAGAGCCUGUCGAUCAACGGUUGCACGUUGCGCAUGGGCCUCAAGUACAUUCCGUGCGAAGUGAGCUUGCGCAGAGUGCCUACGGGUAAAACGGGCGCGCUGUUCGGCGAGAAAAUACAAGCCGUGUGCAAGAGGCAAAAACGCAACGUUCCGUUCAUCGUCACCGCUUGUAUAAGAGAAGUCGAACGAAGGGGUAUGGCCGAAGUGGGUAUAUACAGAGUGUCCGGCUCCUCUUCGGAUAUAUCAAAAUUGAAGAAAUCGUUCGAAACUAAUUCUUACGAAGCCGAGCAACUGUUGAAAGAGGUCGACAUACAUUCCGUGACGGGCAUACUGAAAUUGUACCUGCGCGAGCUGCCCGAGGCGCUGUUCACCAACGAGCUGUAUCCCGAGCUGUUCGAGGCCUUCAAUCAGAGCAACGGCAACCUGAAGCGCAGGACGGAGUUGUUGAAGGAGUGCUUUUUGAAGUUGCCGAUCGUCAAUAGCGAGACGAUCAAAUGCAUCUUGGAUCAUUUAAUCAGGAUACAUCGACACGAGGCGGAGAACAAGAUGUCGCUGCACAAUUUGGCAACGGUGUUCGGGCCGACGCUGCUGCGACCUGGCGUCAAGGCGGAGAACGCGAGGCAAAAGGAUACGCUGGCUGCUGGAACGGUGGACGUGAUGGCGCAGGCAGGGAUUCUGUACUGUUUUUUGCAGGAUUUGUUGAAUAAUUCCCAGAGGAUUUUGCGGUGAACUCUUCGGCGAUUUCGUUUUCCUAACUAGUCAAGAUUUAUUGUUGCAUCGAACCUAUUUUUUUUUUAUAUGAUUUUCUCCGGAUGUACGAAAUUUGACUGUAGUUAAUCUUAUUUCGUAGGUUUGUGUGUAGGGUGUGACUAAAGAACAAAGUUCGGAUGGAUAUUGGAAUUGAAAGAAAAGUGUAUUUAGUAAAAAAAUAUUAAGUGCAAAGUAUUUAUUAAAAUAAAGAAACUUGUUUUAUCGGAGGCUAAAUAUUAUCGUAACACUCCUCAUCGAUUUCCAAUAAGUCGUAGAUUUUUUUUAUUUGAUACAGAACAAAUUAGAUAAAAUUAGCAAAUAGAUUAGAGUUUUAUUUCUAUCGACCUUAUUAUUAUCAUUAUUUAUAUGUGUUAAUGCUAGAUUUUUAAACGAACUUAAAUAUCAGACAAAAAACUAGUAACUAUACAGUAUAUUUUAAAUUUAGUUGUACUUAUUUCGGUACAUAUCUAUUAAGUUUUUAUUUUUAGCUUGCUGCAUAUUUUAUACUUCUAGUCAAGUUAUGUAAAAUACACUUUUUAUAUCCACAUUAGAUAAGAAACGAUUUUUAUUACAUACAAGAUUUUUUUCGGGUUGCAGUUCAUACACUUUCAGUUUGAUCUCCAUCGAUAAUGAAAAGCUGGGACCGUUUGAAAUUAUGUCAGCCCUCGGUAUUAUUGAAAUAUUGCUGGAAUUGAAUUAAAAAGUUUUUAGUUGUAGGGGUACUUAAGUUUGAUAAACACUUUGCACUCAAGAAAUUUAUCCUAUUAGAUACAGUAUUUAUUUUUGGUAUAGGUUUAAUAACAAACACUAAUUUUUGUAAAGAAAAAUUGGCUUGAACUCUGAGAUAUAUAAAAGUAUUACAUAUAAAAAGGCAUCUUAAUUAUUGCAAUUUUUGAGGAAAAUCGACUGUUAAUGAAUAAGCUGUGAAUGAAAAUAACGUAAACAUUUUUUGGAGGCUUGUAAGGAAAUUUGGGUCAAUUUUAGGUGAGAUUAUUGCCUGGGCUUUACGUGGUAUUAAAAGAAACAAACAUUUAACGGGUGUCCCAUCGAUUUGCUACUUCAACGUUUGUUGUAUUUGUAAAAUAUAGCAAACUAGCACAAACCCACCCUAUAAUUUAUACGAUGUACAUAUAGUUCUUGUCCAUUUUUUAAUUUGUAAUUAUUCGUGUAUAUGUGUGAUUAUAUCUAUUUAUUGUACUGAUGUUUCUCUGGCUUUGUGAACUAAGAAAAUGUUAGAAUUAUGCUUUAACAUUGCAUAAGACUCGAAUAUUUCAAAUGAGAGAAAUGGUUAUCAUUAAUGGCCGCAUCAUUGGGAACGAAAUUAUUGGGACCACCCUUUAAUAAUAAAUAAAUUUAAAGAAAUUGUACGUGGUAAAGUGUAAUUCUCAUCAAAUUUAAGUCGAGGACAUUUUUUCCGUUAGUAUUUGAUAAUACCUAUAUAUAAUAUAUAUCUGCAUUCAAAUUAUAUUUUAUAUACAUUUGUAAUUGAUUGCAAUAAAAUUUUACAACGCA